AUGGCAGUCGCAAACGCCGAGAACACGUCGCUGCUCCCGCUCGACGGCCGUGUCGCGCUCGUCACUGGCGGCUCCCGCGGCAUCGGCCGCGAGGUGUCCUCCCACCUCGCCGCCCUCGGCGCGCGCGUCGUGAUCAACUAUGCAUCUAAUUCCGCUAGAGCAGACGAGCUCGUUGCGGAGCUCGCCUUCCGCGGUUACCAGUCCGUGGCCGUCCGCGUCGACGUGUCGGACCCGGACGCUGUGCACGCACUCUUCGACCACGCCGAGGAGCCGUUCGGGUCCCCGCCGCAUAUGGUGGUCUGCUGUGCAGGCGUCCUCAAUGGCAAGUACCCAGCGCUCGCGGACACCGCCGUCGAGGACUUCAACGCCAUGUUCGCGGUGAACGUGCGCGGGACGUUUCUCGUGUGCCGCGAGGCGGCGAACCGAAUCCGAGCCAACAGCGGCGGCCGCAUCGUGACGUUCUCGUCGUCCAUUGUGGGCACGCUCCUGCCGGGAUGCGCGGCAUACACAGCGACUAACGCCGCCGUGGAGGCGAUGACGAAGAUCCUAGCCAAGGAGGUGGCGGCGAAGGGGGUGACCGCGAACGUGGUCGCGCCAGGGCCCGUGCGCACCGAGCUAUUCUUGGCCGGGAUGGACGAGGCACUCCUGCGGAGGGUGGAGCAGCACUCCAUGGGGCGCAUCGCCGAGACGACAGACGUGGCGCCGGUGGUGGCGUUCCUGGCCAGCAACGCCGUGGCUUGGGUGAACGGGCAGGUCAUCAGGGUCAACGGCGGUUUCGUCUAA